UGAGUAACGAAGUGACGUUGACAUUCAUAGCAACCGACAUGGCGACGGCGAAGCUUUGCAAUCCUCCGCUAACUGCCUUAAGAAGCUAGUUUAACAUUGUCAUUAUUCAUUGGCUCACCUCGAUAAAAUGUCAACAAUAAACGGCGUUGUACUUUCUGGAUGUAUUGAGGCUUGGCCGUUGCGGUUUGGGAAUAGCUCUGGCGAAAAUGGGAUACGCUGAGGAUAGCAUUGACAUGGAGUCGAGAAGAAGGAGUGUAUUAUGUGGUCCCGGGUCUAGCGUUAACAUUAGAAGUCAGGCAUUGAAAAGCAGCCCGUUUAGUCCUCACUCCUCCAGCAGGUGGGCCCAAGCUCUUAUUACAGAUCACAUGAUGUCUCACUACAAAAGGAUUUAUUCAGCACAAUCUGUUAUCGACACGUCAGUACCCAAAAGCCUUAAGCAGAGUGUAAAGUACAGCGACCGGAUGAGACAAGAGCGUCUGAAGAAAGGAGGCCGUCCCCAGUCAGCACAUUUGCUCUCGCACAGGAACAGCAGAGCCUCAUGUUACUCGGCACACAGUCGAUGUUCCAUGCAGUCUGAAUACAGGCCCUAUCUGUGCUCAAGAAACUCCAUGCACUCCGCCCCUGGAUUUAGCAGCUCCUUUCACGCAAAGGAGGUCCCGUCUCCAACUAAAGCUACCCCAAAGAAUCAUCAUCAUCAUCAUCGCCCUCAUUCCGCCGCAGAACUCAAGUUCCGAAACCAGGAGCCGACGUCCCACGGGCGGCCAGCGGCUAGUUACCUGUGCGCCUCGAGUGAACCGAACUUCCUCAAGGCAUUUCGUGAUCCUGUGCAGAAGACUUACAGCGGCGACUUGCUGGAGAAACAUUCGCAGCACUUCACCCAAGAUAAGCCUUUCACACCAAAGAUGCUCAAGUCGGAAAAGAGCUCAUACCUGUCAAGUUAUCGCUACUAUCGAGCACCGGGGGGCGCCCAUCCGGUUCAAGAUCUCGAAGACUUGAAAUUGGAGAAACGAGCCACGACUGCGCAGCACACACCAGAGUUGGUUGAGCCACCUCAGGAAAUCAACAAAGAGCAUCAGUUGGCUGAGGGCGACCACACCGGCACAUAUUCAAUAACGCCGAAACAACAAACAAAUAAAAACCGAGACUAUGAUCCCUUCGACUAUUCCACCAGGUUCUCCUUCGAGGGGGUAAACAUGUCUCCAAGUGCAGAGGAUGAAGAAUUAAUGUACCUUGAAUUUAUUAACGACGUAACGGAAGACAUCUUGUCCAGAGGAUCAGUCUCUGACAGGGUCCUCAAUCGGGUGAUACAGCGACAUAUUGAUAUGAAUCUGCAACGUCUGGAUGAAGCUAAAAUGCGCCACCUUCUGGACAUCCUGCGCAACAACCUGGACGAGCCUUCCGCUCCGUCCUCUUACAGCGAAGAGCUUGGGAAAAAAGACCUGCUCGAGUCCCUUCUUGUGUUGCCCGAAUCAACCCUGGAGCAGGUGAAAACCGAAGUAGACAACAGUUUCUCUGAUCACGUGAGCAAAAGCAACAAUUCUCCUGAGCACUCCCCGGAGCCCGUGUUGAGCUCCACGCCGCUUUGGUCUCCUGAACAAAGUUCUCUUCUGACACCGAACGAAAAGACGGAAGAGGGCACAAGCGAGUAUGUUAGUAGUAAUGAAGAAAAGGAUGAAGACUACCAAGCGGUCAUGACGGACGAUGAUGCCAAUCAGGAGGAGCUCCUUCAGGUCCAAGCUGAGUCAGCUGCUCAAGGAAAAUCCAAAGAGCUUCAAGACUUGGAAAGAAGGUUUUCGGAGUCGCUGCAUGUCAAUAAAGACCCUAAAGGUGACAACUUGGACUCUUCCAGUGAGCACCAAAUAAAUACACUGGCUUCAGUUAGCGACGACGACUUUUGAAUGUUGCACACACUGAACUUUAAAGCCUCUUCAAGACCGAGGAUGCUUCAAGCUUGCUGCAUGAGAGCUCUUUUCUUUUUACACAGAACCCAGAAAAAGGCGGGAUUUUGUACCACCUGUGACCUAAAACAGCAUUCCUGAUAUCAUACACUUGGUUGCAAUGAAAUCUACCUGACAUUUUGAACA